UCAUCACAUUCCAAUCAGAUACAUAAUGAGACACCCCACUUCUAAUAAAUAAAAUUUAUGCCUCUCCUCCAUCCCAUUAAGAAUCUACUUGCUAAACCCAAAUUAAGAGAAACCCUUUUGUUAUUUGUGAAAUUUGAGGAACUGGGUUGGUCUUACUUUUCAUGAUAAUGCAUAGGACUCGGGUACCUCUCUGUUUUCUGAUUUGAUAAAUUGGGAUUUGCUCUUGCGUGGCCACAAAUUUUCUGUGCGGAAGGGAAUCAAUCAAAAGCUUUCGUUUGGGUGGAUUGGAGUCUUUAUCAUAUGGUUUGUCGGGGAUGUGAGGUACUUGUGUAGUUAAAAACCUUCAAGCCUUUAGCUUUAUUGCUCUGCACCUCUGCUGCUACUAGCUUUUGAUUUAUUACAAAAAUACUUGCAUUCAUGGUCGGUUCUGCUAUUCAGCUCAUUCCCUUGAUGGGUUUCCUGUCUAAUUAAGUUUGCUAUUCUCAUAGGAGUUCCAUCUGUAAGCAUAUCACUUCAUGAACUCAGUUGAAGUGGAAGUAUUUUCAAAUCUCAUAGAGGAAAACUGAAGAAUAGUGUAUCAUGGAAAAUUCUUAUGAGACAUCAAACAGCCACACACCUAUUUUAAAUGGCUAUGCACCUACUUCAAAUGGCCAUGGACCUAUUUCAAAUGGUCGUGGGUCAACUGGUGAUGGCCACAUGGUUGGGAGACAAUCCACCUACCAACCCAAGGUGUCACUACCUUGGCUUGAUGUAAGAGUUUUCUAUGUUAGGAUUAGCAAAUGUGAGAUUGAUGAUUCGGCUCCAGAAUUCCUCACGGUAAAUCACAUUCCAUUGGAUGCUGAUACCCUUCUUGAAGUCAAUGGUGUUAGAACUAGCAUGUAUUCAGAUGGGGCAACAACUCUUCUUCGAAGAGACCGGUUAGAUAAGAAGUCAGAAGAAGCUACGUUUGUCAGCACUGAUAGUAUAAGGAUGACCGGAAGUGUGAAGUUUGAGGUUUUUGACAAGGAUGUUAUCGUGCUAUCUGGGGUUUUAGAGUUGUGUAAUAAUAUUGGUUUCAUUGCGGAAACAGAUCAUCAUGGCCUGAGAUGGAGCAUGAAUUGUGAAACAAAUAUAAUUGCAAGCACUGGCUUCUUUAAACCAAAGCAGUUUACAGGUUCAGAGUCUGCAACACCCUCAAUUGAAGUAUACAUUGCAGGGUCCUUCUUGGGAACUCCAAUAAUUCUAACAAAGACUUUACAGCUCAGUCCUUGGAAGAAGCAUACGAGGAAGGGGUUAUUGGAUUCAAUACCAGAGUAUGAUGCAACUGAAGACGAGAAUAAUAAUCCUUCUAGGUUCAUGUUUCAGGGACCAGAAUACUUGGACCUGAAACCAGAAAAUCGAGAAAAUAACUUGUACUACUCUGGGACAUAUUUAGAAGGUGAAGAUGGAGAGCUUUCAUGGUUUAAUGCUGGUGUGAGAGUUGGUGUUGGGAUUGGCUUGAGCAUAUGCGUUGGGGUUGGCAUCGGAGUAGGUUUGCUUGUUCGAACUUACCAAGGCACCACUCAGAGCUUUAGAAGGCGGCUACUGUAAUGCAUAUUUCCACUGAAUUUUUCCAUUUUGCCCUAACACCGCGGAGCUCCCUCACUUUCCAGUGACAAACAACUGUGGUUUUUUUGACAUAUAUAAUACAUAUACCGUUCUGUCUCAAGGCUUGUAAUUUGCACUGAAGUGCAGAAAGUCCAUGAUUUUCCUGUGUGUCUUAGAAUUGAUAAACUGCAAUAUGUUCCAAAGGUAUAUUCAUAAAAGCUUUCUUUUUUCCAGUC